UCAAGCAAGCGAGAGAAAUUCAAUAUGCAUAAAGAAGAAGGGAAGAAACCCUAGUGGUAAAAUCAAAGUUUUGUUUUGGAAGAAGAGAGAAAUUCAGAUAUCAAUUUCACCUGAUCACAACUUCUCAUCUCGAGAUUCGGCUUUAAUUUGAGGAAAAAGGCUCCGCUAUUUGGUGUACUGAUAAUGAAAUUCAAGAAAGGGGAAAAGGUGGAGGUUUUGAACCACAAAGAGAUUCCAGUUUCAUGGCAUGUUGCUGAGAUUUUAUCUGGCUUUGGAUAUGCGUAUCUUGUGAAGUAUGAUUCUUGUCCGGGUAUGUCAAGUGAGCACAAAGUGGAGACAGUUUCAAAGGCUUGUGUUAGACCAUGCCAGCCUUUGAUGCAAGGUGUAGAGGAUCACGUAGCUGGAGACGUUGUCGAGAUAUUUCACGAAUAUGCCUGGAAGGCUGCUGCUAUCUUGAAUGUAGUGCAAGGAAAAAGAGAAACUAAAUGUAGGAAGAUUUCCAUCCGAGCAACUGCAGUCCAGAAACGGUAUAAAGUAAGGCUGCUUGGAUGCUCCAUCGAAUCUAUUGUUGAUGGAUCAAACAUUAGGAUGAAGCAGACAUGGCAAGAUGGCAAGUGGAUUAUUUGUGAAAAGAGUUCUCAAGGAGUUGGGGAUAUUACAGCUAGCAAGCCAUCAACUUCGAUUUUUCAUAAGAAUGUGAACUUCAAGAUCACUCUACCUAAGGCAAGGGCUUCUCAGAAGAAUUGCUUCAAUGAUUUGGAUGAAACUCGAUUUAUGGAAUUCCAUCAUGAUUCAAGGUUCCUAAAUAGGUUGUCCCCUUGUGGAUCUACUACCAAUGAAUUGCACUACGGGCCUUCCCAUAAGUUACAAGCAAUUGAGAAAGACGGGAGGAAACAAAGACUGGAUGCUGCUGCUGCUCCAGAUCGAAAGGCAGGUUCUGUUUCUUACCCAAGAAAGAUUUUGGGUGAAAAAAACAUCCAUGCUUCCCUCAAAAUUAUACCGAGUGCAUCCAAUCAAAAGGCGAGGGUGGACAUAAAUGACGUUCCUGGAAUCCGACAAAUGCGAUUGAAUAGUUCAAACAGUGACAAUGCCUGCUCUGUUGGUAGUUGUAGUGGUGGUACUGAUCGGAGUCCAAACAACAUUGAUAUUCCUUCUAUACACCUUGUAUCUCGAGAAACAGACGCUGUUGAUAGUGAUGCUGACUCUGGUCAUGCUUCAGAAUUUGAGAGGAUAUGUAAUUCUCUUCCUCCCCGAGAGGAAGUAGGAACCAGUAUACGUAGAUUAGAGUUGCAAGCUUAUCGGAGAACUCUGGAAGCUUUGUAUGCUUCUGGUCCCUUAAGUUGGGAACAGGAAACAAUGUUGACAAAUCUCCGGAUCAUGCUCCAUAUUUCAAAUGACGAACAUUUGAAGGAGCUGAAGCACCUAAUAUCUGCUAACACUACUGGCCAAGUUGGAGGCAUCAUGCUUGAUUUGCUUCCAUGGCUUAAAGCUGAUACGAUGGUUUGCAAGACGAUGCAAUCGUCGUCUACUUUCAAACUGUUGUUCCUCUGGCGCUGGUGCCCAAUCCCAGCAGUCAGUCUACAUUAUUGUUUUAUCAUAAUUCAUAACUGUAUUUACUCUGCUGAGGAUUACUACUUUUUUGGCAGAAUCCGAGGUACAAGGUUCACUUUCAUGUUCCAUGUUGAAUUUGGUAGCUUCUUGUCUUUGUUUCAUAUACUUUUCCUUUUCCUUUUCCUAUCAUCAGAUAUGCAUUUGGAUAUCUGAAAUGUAUAUAACGCAAGUUUUGAACUUGUUUUAUAUUUUGAAUCUGAUUAAUUUUACAUUUG